UCUUUGGGACUUGGCCCCAGCCAAUCAUAACGGACUCGAUUUUUCCUCAGUGCUCAUCGCAAACUCGAAGCUCCGACAGCUCCAGAAGUCGCACCACUCACCAUCCGCAUCUGUGUCCAUCCACCGAGGGAAUGCCACAGCACCGUCGUCAGCAUGCCUAGCUCUUGCAAAGAACUGCGCGAGGCCCUCGCGCAGUGCCUCCAGGAAUCCGAGUGCGUAAUGGUCCAACGCAACAGCGCCUCCGACUGCCUCCGCUCGCCCCUCGUUGAGACCCUCCCCACGAAGUGCCAGCAGCUCAAGAAGGGCUUCGGCGAGUGCAAGCGCGGCAUGGUCGACAUGCGCAAGCGCUUCCGCGGCAAUAUGCCCGUGAACUACAAGACCAUGAACGACGCCGAGGCCGGCAAGGGCUACCAGCUGUACGCCGGACGCCCGGCCUUCGCCGGCGGCAGGGGCGAGACCGACGGCAACGAACCCGCGCCCAGGGAUUGGCGCGAGGUUGAGAACGAGCAGUACCGGAAAGAGCAGGAGGCAGCUCAGAAGAAGUAAG